GUGGAGCCGUCUAGGACUGGCUGAUGUCCAUGCACUUGACCCACCAUGGUGACCCCAGCCUCUAGCCUCAGCCUUCCCGUCCAUAGAACUGGGGCCUGGAACCUUCCCAGACCUUCCCUGCUCGUCCGUCCGUUCCGCCUGCGUUCCCGGGUCCCUGACUCUCUGCCUCCUGCGGAGUGGAGGUCGGGCUGGGAAAGCCCCCCGGGAAACUCCCACGGAGUAGGGAGAAGGGGGAGGAGAGGCAGGGUCUCAAGACGGCGGGAAGCCGCCAGCCCGCUGCUAUUUAAACCGCUUCCCUUGGCGGUCACGAGACAGAGGGACGACAUGGAGUCCAGCCUGGUCCUCCUGCUGGCCCUGGCCAUGGCGCCCUUCCAGCUUGGCAGUGGCCAGUCCCUCCAUGUGGAUCCCCCUGAUCCUGUGGUGGCUGUGGCCAAAGACACAUCCCUCCGGCUCAACUGCAGCCUGCCCUGUGACGAGGGUGUCGCCCAGGUGCAGUGGCGUGGCCUGGACACCCACCUGGGCAAUGUGCAGAACCUCCCGGGCAGCAGCAUCCUCUCCAUACACGGCCUGCUGACAGACGCUGGCACACGUUUGUGUGUGGGCUCCUGUGGGGGCCGAAGCUUCCAGUACUCUGUGCAGAUCGUGGUGUACGCCUUCCCAGACCAGCUGGUGGUGUCUUGGUCAGGACAGGACCAAGAGGUGUCCUGCACGGCCCACAACAUCUGGCCCCCAGACCCAGACAUCCUCUCCUUCACCCUGCUACUGGGAGACCAGAGGCUGGAGGGGGCCCAGGUCCUGGAAUCAGAGCAAGAGGAGGAGACGCAGGAGGCCGAGGGCACGCCGCUGCUCCGAGCGACACAGCGCUGGAUGCUGCCCGCCCUGGAGACCCCUGCCCCCCCUGCCCUCUACUGCCAGGUCACCAUGCAGCUGCCCAAUCUGGUGCUAACCCACAAGAGGGGGCUCCCAGUCCUACAGAGCCGGACCUCACCAGAGCCCCCCAACACCACCUCUGCCAAGCCCUACAUCCUGACCUCAGCACACACGACUGAGGCCAGCUCCACUGGGCUCCCCAACAGCACAACCCUGCCGUCUGCCCCUCCUCGGUCCACACUUAGCCCCAGGACUCUGAGCUCCGCUGGAACUUGCUCUCCCGAGAUCCACCAGGACCAGGAGGCAGUCUGGCAGCUACUCUGUGAAGCAUCCUGUGGGCCUGGAGUGACUGUGCGCUGGAUCCUGGCUCCUGGCAACCUGGCAGCCUACCACAAGAGGGAGGCCGGGGCUCAGGCAUGGCUAAGCGUGCCUCCCCCAGGUCCCAUUCCUGAGGGCUGGUUCCAGUGCCGCCUGGACCCCGGGGGGCAGAUAGCCAGUCUGUACAUCUCCAGUCAGGUGUUCCCAAAACCCUCCUCCGGCAUCACCCUGUGGGUUGGCAGCUUGGUCCUGGGGCUGCUCGCGCUGGCCUUCCUUGCCUACCGCCUGUGGAAACGCUGUGCGCCGCGUGUUCCCCCAGACUCCAGCUCAUGCACACUCCUGUGAAGCUGGGUUUGGGGCAGUCAAGGCGUCAGAGUGCGGCCCCUUCCCUUGGUGGUCAGCACAUCUGCAGGUUCAUUCCCGCUGCUCGCCCGGCGCAGAAUA